AUGACCUCCAUCGCUAUGGCACACCCUCCUACAGCAGACGAUAUGACCUCUUCUCGUAGCAACACGCGAAGCAGAACUUCGGACAAGAGCCUAGAUCUACGUCUCACCCAGGCCGUCGCCAACCAGAAGAUCAACGAAAACAUGGAGACCGCAGAGAAGCAAUACGCUACGCAACGCAGACCUUCCGCUUCGACUUCUUACAGCUCGAGUAGCGGCAGCACUAGCACCUCAACAUCAUGGUCAUCAAGCGUCUCGCCGAAGACCAAAAGGUUGUCGCGCUCAGACGCCGAGCUGCCAGUUGUCCUACCGGUCGAGAACAACGGCGUGGUCAGGAUGGAGUCAAUCGACGAAUCGGCUUCAGGGCUUCAGAAUCAAUUCGCCGGGAGACGAGCAUCACAGCGAGACUCGGGCGAAUACUACAUAAAGCGAUAUCGGAAGCUAUCGAAGCACGCCUCGAAGUGGAGCGAAGAAUGGACCACAGAGCAUUACUAUAGGCCGCCGGGCUGUGAGGACUUUGUCGCUGUCAACCGAAGCUCAAGCAGACGUUCUAGCGAUACUUAA